CGAGGCUCAGCUAUUGUUAUCUUUCCCAACAAAUUUCAGAGAGAGAAGGAGAAAAAUAUCGACGGAGCGUUCUCUUUCAGCAUUGAAUCCACAAUUAGGGUUUUGCUUUGUCAAUUUUCUUCAGAUCUAACAACAAUUCGUAUCCCGAACCACUCGAUUCAACGGAUCGAAAUCACGAUCCGCUUCAAAAAUUGUUCAUUUUCCCCUGAAUCUGGGCUAAGGUUGAAUUGAAUUAUCUGCAUUGGAAGGCUACGAUCGAAGUCAAUUGAAUUCUGUUUGAUGUGGAUUUGAAUUACAUUUGAAGGGAAAUCACGUUCAUGUGUGGUUGCUUUGAAUUUAACCUAUCAAUUUCGGCAUUGUUUAAUAGAUCUUGAAAAAUUGGCUCCCCAACGCCGAUCACAGCGCCACAUGGGUGGCCAGAUGCAACAGAGCAAUGCUGCUGCGGCAACUGCUCUGUAUGAUCACCCUGGCGGAGGGUCCCUGCACAAUGCGGGUCCCGGGAGCGAUGCUGGAGAUGCAGUCAUGGCACGCUGGCUCCAGUCCGCCGGGUUGCAGCAUCUGGCCUCACCCUUGGCAUCUACCGGAAUUGAUCAUCGCCUCCUACCUAACCUUCUCAUGCAGGGUUAUGGACCACAAUCGGCUGAUGAAAAGCAAAGGCUUUUCAAGUUAAUGAGAAACCUCAAUUUAAAUGGAGAAUCUGGUUCUGAGCUAUACACUCCGCCUGCCCAAAGUUUGGGUGGGAUGGGUGCAUCAGAAGGUUUUUAUUCUCCCGACUUCAGGGGAGAUUUUGGAGCAGGGCUUUUGGAUCUUCAUGCUAUGGAUGAUACAGAGCUUCUAUCUGAGCAUGUUAUCUCAGAACCGUUUGAACCCUCACCGUUCAUGCCUGCUGUCACACAAGCAUUUGACAAUGACUUCAAUGUGAUGACCAGCAGGCAGGGAAGAGCGCAAACAGAUACCGAUGCCUUAGUUGGAUUACCUACUGAAAAGGAGAGCAGUACACGGGAAAACAAUGUGGCUAAGAUAAAAGUUGUGGUCCGUAAAAGACCAUUAAACAAGAAGGAGAUUUCUCGGAAGGAGGAGGACAUUGUGUCUGUGUGUGACAAUACUUAUUUAACAGUUCAUGAACCUAAGCUAAAGGUGGACUUGACUGCUUAUGUGGAGAAGCAUGAAUUUUGUUUUGAUGCUGUUCUAGAUGAGCAUGUAUCCAACGAUGAGGUAUAUCGUGCAACUGUAGAGCCAAUUAUCCCCACUAUCUUCCAGCGAACAAAAGCAACAUGUUUUGCAUAUGGUCAAACAGGAAGUGGUAAGACGUUCACAAUGCAACCAUUACCUCUCAGAGCAGUAGAAGAUCUUGUCAGAUUAUUGCAUCAUCCAACUUAUCGCAAUCAGAGAUUCAAGUUGUGGCUUAGCUUUUUUGAGAUAUAUGGAGGAAAACUCUUUGAUCUUCUUAGUGAUAGAAAGAAACUUUGUAUGAGAGAAGAUGGGCGACAACAAGUUUGCAUUGUUGGACUGCAAGAAUUUGAAGUUUCAGAUGUACAGAUUGUUAAAGAAUAUAUUGAGAGGGGAAAUGCAGCUAGAAGUACCGGCUCUACUGGUGCUAAUGAGGAAUCUUCGAGGUCCCAUGCUAUAUUACAACUGGCUGUUAAGAAGCACAUUGAAAUAAAAGACUCCAAGCGGAACAAUGAUGGAAAUGAGGCCAAGAGUGGGAGGGUUGUGGGGAAGAUUUCUUUCAUUGAUCUUGCUGGUAGUGAAAGAGGAGCUGAUACAACUGAUAAUGACCGACAAACACGGAUUGAGGGAGCUGAAAUUAACAAGAGCCUUUUGGCUCUUAAGGAAUGUAUUCGAGCUCUUGACAAUGACCAGAUUCAUAUCCCAUUUCGUGGGAGCAAACUCACUGAAGUACUUCGUGACUCCUUUGUUGGCAACUCAAGGACCGUGAUGAUCUCUUGCAUUUCUCCAAAUGCAGGCUCAUGUGAACACACGCUCAAUACAUUGAGAUAUGCUGAUAGGGUUAAAAGUCUUUCGAAAAGUGGAAAUGCAAAGAAAGAUCAAGUUGCAAGCUUAGCACCCAUUAACAAGGAAUCUAUAUCACCAUCAACUUUUCCUGUUUCUGCUGAUGUGGAGGAUGUUUAUGAGCAGAAUCAAGAAGUAAAAUUUGAUACAGGUAGAAGGGUUGUAGAGAAAGAGAAUCUGUCUUACAAUCCUGUUGAGUCCAAUAAACAUCCCUCAAAUUUUCCAUCAAAUUAUCCUUUCAAUGGGCAUGAGGAUAGUAGUGGAGUGACUUCUGGUGCUGUAGAACGGGAAAGGGUUGAUAAACUAAAUUCUGGUGGUUCAACAAGUCAAAAAAUGUAUUCGUCAUCAUAUUCGCAAAGCACAGGCGAUACAGAAGAAAGAGUGCAGAAGGUGUCACCCCCUCGAAGAAAAUCUCAAAGGGAUGAAAAACCUGAAAAGCCAGGGAAUUGGCUGAAAAAAGAUAGCAGUGGAUCUGAUCAUUUUACGAGUUACAAGCAGCAAAACAAUAGCAAUUUUACUAGUAACAAUGCAGGAUCCAGACAAUAUGAACCUGAGCUGCCUCCUCCUGACGGGAAUAUCAAUGAAAUACUUGAGGAAGAAGAGGCCCUAAUUGCUGCACAUAGAAAAGAAAUUGAAGAUACAAUGGAGAUUGUUCGAGAAGAAAUGAAACUGUUGGCGGAAGUGGAUCAACCAGGCAGUCUCAUUGACAAUUAUGUAACUCGGUUGAGUUUUGUGCUCUCGCGGAAAGCAGCAGGUCUGGUCAGCCUUCAAGCCCGCCUUGCCAGGUUCCAGCACCGGCUUAAAGAACAAGAAAUACUGUGUCGGAAGAGAGUACCCCGUUGAGGCAGUGUACUCCCUGUGAAACAGCAACCAGCUGUUGUCCACAAAAGAAAUGUCUUUUUUCAACCUACAAAAGACAUUUCUUUUCAGAGAAAGUAAAAAUAAAAAAAUAAAAAAUUGAAAGUUGUGAAAUAGAUACUUUUACUUAUGUGAUUUCUUGUAAUCCAUAUGUAUUUGAAGAACUUUAUUUGUUUUGUGGAACCCUUGAUUUGUUUAGCAGAACUCUUUUUGUUUAACGGCUCAGUUUUUUGAUUA